AUGCCGACUGCGACUCGCCAUUGCAAGGGUGCCCCUCGUAACCACAGUAAGACGUACAAGGUUCCCCGUCGUCCUUUCGAGUCGCCUCGUCUGGAUGCCGAGCUGAAGCUUGCCGGUGAGUACGGUCUCAAGAACAAGAAGGAAAUCUGGCGCAUUGCCUUGACUCUUUCCAAAAUUCGUCGUGCUGCUCGUGAGCUUCUUAAGCUCGACGAGAAGGACCCGAAGCGUCUCUUUGAGGGCAAUGCCAUUAUUCGCCGUCUCAUCCGCAUUGGUGUGCUCGAUGAGUCGCGCAUGAAGCUCGAUUACGUGCUGGCUUUGAAAAUUGAGGACUUCCUUGAACGCCGCCUACAGACGCAGGUGUACAAGAGCGGUCUUGCUCGCAGCAUUCACCACGCGCGUGUGCUAAUCUUCCAGCGUCACAUCCGCGUGGGCAAGCAGAUCGUGACGUCGCCCUCAUUCAUCGUUCGUCUCGAGUCGCAGAAGCACAUUGACUUCGCCCUCAACUCGCCCUAUGCUGGUGCUCGUCCAGGCCGUGUUAAGCGCAAGCGCACGAAGGCUGCUGAGGAGGCCGCUGGCGGUGACGAAGAGGGUGGCGAGGAAGAAGAGUAA